UUGUUUAGAAUAAUGAGUAAAUUAGAAGAGUUACUAGCAAAGAAAAAAGCAAUUGUUCCGGUUCUGGAUCUUAGUAAGAACAUUGUACAGACCAAGGAAGAGUUUAAGCGACUAAUGGAAAAAGUGCCCGAUUACAAAAUGCGUCCAAUUAAAGUACGAACAGAUGAAAUAAAGAUUAAGGAAAAAGAUUUCUCAUUUAAAAUACCAAAGAAAGAGUUCAGAAAAUUAUUGAAGCAUAAUGGCGAGCGUGAGCCAAUUCAUGCUUACGCAGAUCCAGUUCCGUCUGAGAUGAAGGAUGUUCCUAUAAUGGACCUUUGCGUUGUUCCCAUUGAUUGGAAAAUGCUUACUACACUGCGACCGAAAUCGAAACAAGAAGAAGAGUACUUUAGUCGAAUGACAGAAAUGGCAAAGAUGCAGUUAAAAACGGAAAUGCGUGAUCGAAGGGAAUUUAUGCUUAACAAUUGCGUUAAAAAAACCAAAAACAAAUCAGGAAUUGUGGAAACUAAAUUAGCUGUGUGUGCAGAGUGUGGACAGGAAAUGUGUUGUGGAAAAGCCUGCACCGAUUUUAAUUAUGAUUUAUUUCAACGCGUGGAACCGAAAGUUUCGAAGCCCAAACCACCAAUAAAUAUUUUAAACAAGGGAAAGUUAACUGUACGGAAGUCCUUUAUUAGAGAUGGAGCAAAAAGUAAAGCAAAGAAAUCUACUGGCAAAGCGACUUCGAAUAAGGUGUUGUGA